AGACAAAAACAGUUUUAUAUUCAUAAUUCAUGUUUUUGAACUAUUAUUUACUUCCUGAAUCUUUGAAUAUGUACAACUUUUUGUACCUUCUUUGUACUAUUUUUAUAAAAUCUGAUUGAAACCACAAAAUAAAGAAUAAACAAAAAACGACCUUAUGUUUAUGCGAAUCGGGAUAAAAGUGUUAUGCAUAAAAAACAAACUUCAAAUUUAUGGAAUUAAUUGAAAUAAGAUUAUUCAGAUUGUAUUGCUGAUCACCGCUAUAGAAGCCAAAUUCAGCGCCAUCUAGUGACACGUGGUUUUCGCUAAUAACUCGCAUCUAACCCGCACCAGGUCUGUUUUAAAAAACUGACUUUAUUUGAGAGACUACAAACACUUGUAAACAUGGACUACAGCAAUGUGGUGAAAAGAAAACAGAAUCCUAGAGAGAAAGCAAAUAUAUUUUCAAAGUUAACGUUUGCGUAUACAGGAAAAGUAUUUAAAAAAGCACUGAAAAAUGACUUGGAAGAACAAGAUUUAUACGAUGUCGUCAGCAAUUUUAAAUCGAAAAAAUGUGGUGAUCAAAUCGAGAAACAAUGGAAAAAAGAAAACAUAAAUAGCAAUCCUGGUUCAAUAUAUAAAUUAUUAUGGCACAGAUUUGGUUGGAAAUACCUUUUAAUUGGUACUAUCGAUUUAUUUUAUAAAAUAUUUAAUAGUGUAAUUGAACCACUCGCCGUUAGCAAACUAAUUUCGUAUUUUGACAUAACGACUGACUUAUCAAAAGAAGAAGCAUACUUCUGGGCUGCUAUAGUUCUUCUAAAUAACAUUAUUUACACUGUAUAUUAUCAAAAUUCACAACUUUGGGCUCAACAAUUAGGAAUCGAAAUGAGAACAUCUUUCUCAGCUAUGUUAUACCGUAAAGCGCUGAGAUUAACUCCUUCAGCUGCUGCCAAAAUUAAUUUGGGUAAUAUCGUCACACUCAUAACCAAGGAUGUGUACGCUUUUCAACAGUCGAUUUGGAUGUUUAACGACAUGUGGAAUGGAUCAGUACAGAUGUGUGUUAUUUGUUACAUUCUAUAUAACAAAAUUGGUGCAUCUUCUUUUAUUGGAAUCGGAGUUAUAUUAUCUGUUCUUCCAUUACAAGUUUAUCUUGGGAAAUUGAUAGGCCGUUAUAGACUACAGACUGGCCGAAAAACUGAUGAGCGAUUACAGGAGACUCAAGAAACGUUAUCAACCAUAAAGAUAAUAAAAAUGUAUACAUGGGAACUAUUUUUUCGUAACAAGAUAAAUAAAGCUAGAAGAGAGGAGACCAACAGGAUUUUGAUAAGCUAUAACUUACGUAUCCUUCAAGUAAUCAUUGGAGUACUGUUUUCAAAACUAGGAUUCUAUUUUUUAAUAAUGUCUUACAUUUGGUUAGGUUACGCUACAAAUACUGAACUUGUUUUUUACGUGAGCACAAUGUUCAAGGAUAUAGAGUAUAACUUGGGUGGAUUAAUACCGUAUGGUAUGGGUGGAGCUGCAGAACUAUACUCUGCUGUAAACAGAAUAAACCGAGUAAUAACAGCGGAGGAAUUACCACCAAAAGUAGGCUCAGACAAACCUACAGAUAAGCCGUUGUUAGAAUUGAUAAACGCUAGCGUGCACAUUAACAAUAAUAUUAUUUUAGAAAAUAUCAAUUUAAGAUUGGAGAAUGGUUUAACGGUUAUUACUGGCAAUGUUGGUAGUGGAAAAAGUUCGUUGCUAAAAGCGUUGUUACAGGACUAUCCUUUAACUGGUGGUAAAAUUUUGUCCAACGGAAGAAUUUCAUAUGCCUCGCAAGAUCCUUGGUUGUUUCCUUCAUCCAUUAGACAAAACAUUAUAUUUGGAGAAAAUUAUGACGAAAAGCGGUAUCUGGAAGUGUGCCGUGUGUGUGCUUUAGAAUACGACUUCCAAUUAUUCGAGAAACGCGAUGAAACUAUUGUUUGCGAUAGGGGUAUGAAUUUGAGCAAAGGCCAACAAGCCCGUAUCAAUUUAGCUAGAGCCGUUUAUAAAAACAGUGAAAUCUAUUUAUUAGACGAUUCCUUAACGGCUUUAGAUAGUCAAGUUCAAGAUUAUAUUUUUAACGAAUGCAUCAAAAAAUUUUUGAAAAGUAAAACCUGCGUUUUGGUUACUCAAACUAUAAGUCAAAUGAAAUAUGCAGAUAACUUAGUACUCAUGGAAAAUUCGACAAUAAAAUGGAUGGGUCAACCAGAUGAUCACUUUUUAGCAGACAUUAAUAAUAUAGUGACAUCACAAGAUUCGCAGAAAGAAAUAUCAAAGGACAAAGAGGAGGAUAAAGUUAAAAAGAGUACGCUCGAUGAUGAUGACGAUUAUUACGAGGAAACCGUCGAGCUUCUUGAAACUGAACAAACAAAUAAACAAAAGAUUUAUGGUGAAGUUCUCAGGAAAGGCAAAGUUUCUCUUGCCAUUUAUUAUAAAUAUAUACUCUUUGGAGGAGGAACUUUGUUUUUAAUUUUAAAUUUGUUCGUAUUUGGUGUCACACAAGGAGCAGAAAGUGUUUCUGAGUAUUUACUCACAAGAUGGGUUGACCAACAACAAAUAGUUUUAACUUUUGGAAACGUUACUCACAACGCCACUUAUAACGAGGCGUUGAAUAAAAGCAAUUAUAUUAUUCAAAUUUAUUCAAUUAGUGUAUUAGUUGAUGCUGUUUUGAACAUACUAAGAACUUAUUUAAUUUUGGAAAUGUGUAGAAAAGCAUCCGCAAACCUGCACAAAACUAUGAUUUCCAGAAUAAUCAAUGCGUGCAUGUCAUUUUUCGACACACAUUUUUUAGGAAACAUUUUAAAUAGAUGCUCUCAAGAUCUUAGUAAUGUAGAUGAACAGGUGCCAUUUGUCAUCAUGGAAGUUCUAAGGGUUGCCUUUGUAAUUGCAGGUAUUAUAUUUGUAAUUUCAACAGUGAAAAUAUCUUUUCUGGCAAUUGCUGUGAUAAUAUUCACGUUACUUUUUUUCAUGAGGAAAGCUUAUUUACCCACCGGAAGAAGUUUGAAACGUUUAGAAGCUACGACAAGAUGUCCUAUGGUUGGGCAUGUCAAUGCUUCUUUAGAAGGUCUAACGACUAUUAGAGCCUACGCAAUGCAGGAGACUUUAAUAAACGAAUUCGAUAGGUACCAGGAUGUUUUUACUUCUGCUCACUUCGAAUGGCAAUGUACAACUGGUGCGUUUGGAUUCUAUAUGGAUUUCGUUACUAAUAUUUUCAUUUCGCUCGUUGUUUUAACUUUGGUGUUUAUCGACCCAGAUAACAGUGCUGGAGAUGUUGGAUUGGCAGUAACGCAAGUCAUGGCUUUAUCAGGUGAAGUUGAAUGGGGAGUACGCCAAUGGGCUGAUCUUGAAAGUUAUAUGACGUCCAUGGAACGACUCUUAGAAUAUACCGAAAUCGAAACGGAAACUAAAAACGGAGAAGAAAUUGAAAAUUGGCCAUCAGAGGGAGCCAUAAUUUAUGAAAAAGUAUCAUUAUCUUAUAACGAUACCGAGUCAGUACUGAAAAAUUUAAGUUUUAAAAUCCGACCCAAUGAAAAAGUUGGUAUUGUAGGAAGAACGGGAGCUGGAAAAUCUUCCAUCAUAGCUACACUUUUCAGACUGUAUGAAGUAGAAGGGAACAUAUUUAUCGAUGGAAGAGAAAUCAAAAAUUUAUCGUUAAAUUUCCUCAGGAAGAAAUUGGCAAUAAUUCCGCAAGAUCCUAUUUUAUUUUCCGGAACAAUUAGAACAAAUUUGGAUCCAUUCGGUGAAUUCACAGAACAGGAAUUAUGGGAAGCUUUGGAGAGAGUUAACAUUAAAAAUAUUAUUCAAGAUCUGGAUCAAAACGUCAAAAGUCAUGCUUCCAGCUUCAGUUCGGGACAAAGACAACUUAUAUCGGUAGCACGAGCGAUUUUACGAAAAAAUAAAAUAGUUAUCUUGGACGAAGCUACGGCUAAUAUGGACCACGAAACCGAUGCUAUGUUAUACAAUAUAAUACAAGAAAAUUUUAAAGAUUGCACUGUUCUCACGAUUGCUCAUAGAUUAGAAACGAUAAUACAAUCUGAUAGAGUGAUUGUUAUGGAUAGAGGAGAAAUAAAACAAUUCGAUGAACCCUCAAAAUUACUGGAAGAUAAAGACGGUAUAUUUUAUAAUUUGGUACAACAAGCCGGUUUAAUUGAUUAAUUAUUUAUAAAGAAUGAAAUAUACAUUACUCAACAAUU